AUGUAUCGUAUUGUGGUACUAUUAUCACUGAUUAUUUUUUCAUCAAUUAACACGACAAUAUCAGAAACUUUUUUCAUGGAAAAUAAUACAGAGGAUGAUAAUGAGACAAGGAAACUACAACCUUCAUAUGCAAUGGCGGUUAGCUCAUUAUCACCGUCCACCGUCAUUGAUAUUUCAGGAACAAAUUAUUUAGCAGAAAGCGAGUUAGUGCAAAAUUUGCUUCAUGGUGCUUACAUGAAUGGUUUCGAUCUAUUUGAUUUCUUAGAAAGUUUGCAGCCAUCAGAUUGCUUACAAGUUUGUCUGGAUGAGGUUGCUAGUAUGUUGGAGCAACCGUUUGCCGGACAACGUUCUGUUGAUGAAGUUGGCAACAUUUGUAGCCAUUUCGAUAUAUUCCAGCGAUGCCUUCAUCAUAAUACAACUUGCAAGGAUGCACUACUUGACGUCACCACAACGGUCAUCGAUCACCUCUGUACCUUCAAUAAGGAUGCUUUUGGAGACAUGUUUCCAUGUCUAUAUGGCCAUUCAGCGGUUAUUUAUUUCACUUGUGACAACCAAUGCAGGAUGGGAAAAAUUCUUUCUAAAGCAUCAAAGGAGAAGAAAGGUGAUGUAGCAAAGAUACUCGAUGACGAUGGAAAUAACCUCCUCGAGAUUCUCAAUUUUUACGAUUUGUGCAGCGCAUCGACAUGCUUCAUCAAUUGCACCCAGAAUAUGGCUGAGAAAGAAUGUUCAAUCGGUCACUCAACUUUAUUGCAUAAGAUAGUAGCAGCAGUGGUGAAUCAUACGAUAAAAAUGAUCCCGAAUUCAGAGAUGAAAUCAAGCGAUGCUUAUACUUUGCUCGUAUCCUCUAUCUUACCAAAUGAAUGUCAACGACUGAAGCCUCUUCCACAGGAUGUGACACUUACUACGCCGAUGGCAGAUUUUACCAAUGAUGUGGAAUACGGGAGUGAUAAGAGUGUUAUGCAGCAAAAGACCGUUAAUUCUGCAGAAAUCCAGGCAACCCUCAAUACAAAUUCGGCUUAUGUACAAAUAUUACCAUUGAAUGGUCGCCAAAUGAAGCUUCAGUGUCAGAUGAUUGAUCUAGAAACUGGGCAAGAGAGUACCGUAGCGGAUAUCGCAACGUUAAUGACCACUGCGGCAAGGGCAAUAUUUCUUAAUAAAAACUGUAUAUUGCAGAAUAUCUUCAAUGAAUUUGGCUUACGAAGUGUAGAGGAUGAGCGGACCUUAGAGAAUAACGUCAAGCAUGGGAAUAGAUCGGGAUUGCAGGAUCGUAAGGUUAUUAGUAGUAAAAGUGAACUGUAUGCAAGAGCAUCGUCUGACCGCUUACUUCCUUUAGGUCUUCUCACACUUCUACUCAUACUACUCUUCUAA